AUACACCACUCCAUGUUUGGUACUAAUACUACUAUUAGGGUUCGACUCGGUGGCUGCUGCCUCGUCAUCUUCGAGCUCUCAAACCUAGUUUCGGUCGAGAAAUUUCUCAGUCGCCAUGGGGAAAACACGUGGAAUGGGAGCUGGUCGCAAGCUGAAGUCCCACCGUAGAAGGCAAAGGUGGGCUGACAAGGCAUAUAAGAAGUCACACCUUGGCAAUGAAUGGAAAAAGCCAUUUGCUGGGUCUUCCCAUGCAAAGGGCAUUGUACUUGAGAAGAUAGGUAUCGAGGCUAAACAGCCCAACUCUGCUAUCAGGAAAUGUGCUAGGGUUCAACUGAUUAAGAAUGGGAAGAAGAUUGCUGCUUUUGUCCCCAAUGACGGUUGUUUAAACUACAUAGAAGAGAACGAUGAGGUGUUGAUUGCUGGAUUUGGACGUAAGGGGCAUGCUGUCGGAGAUAUUCCUGGUGUAAGAUUCAAGGUUGUCAAGGUAUCUGGUGUCUCUCUUCUUGCUCUAUUUAAAGAGAAAAAGGAGAAGCCAAGGUCUUAGUUCCAUGGAAGGAGCUCAUUUUCUCAUUUAGUCUUUAUGGUUUCGGCAAAGUAUUUGGAUGUGGACUCUUUAUUGCUUGAGUGGGUUUAUAGAACUAUUAAUUCCCAAAUUUUCUAGUUAUUGUAUUGCAAUUCGCACAAUCAAUUUUGAAUUAAGAUUAUCUUCUCAACCUUUUCAAA